AUGUCCAUUUAUAACCUCAAUCACACACACCUUCAUGCUGGAUUGACCAUGCCCACAGUCAAGCAUCACCUGGGCAGCAAAGGACUGCCCCAUAAGCCUCGUGAUGGCGGGUUCUCUUCCUGCAACAGUCCCUCUAGCAGUGCUGAGGUCAAAGCAGAGACAACUGGUGUCUUAGCUGAGAUGUAUGGAAUAUUGGAGUUGUCCACUCACACACAUGAAUCAAAGAGUCAGCUGAAUCAUGAGGCACUUCUCCUUCUCAAUGUAGUGCAUGCACAGCACAAAGUCUUUCAUGCAGAACAAGCUCUGGCUGCAUGCGUUGCCCACAAAUACAAAUUGAUGGCCAAGUUGUACAAGUACAAGGCAGGCAGUGGCAAGGCAAGAGUCCAUGAAAAAGAUAUGGAGGUCGGCUCAUUACGUGUAGCAAUGAAAAAACAUGGACUGGGGGAGCCUAUUUUCGAUGUUAGUGUUCUGGCCAGUGAGCUGCAGCCAUCUCUCGAGUCUGAUGGCACAGUUAUUGAGCAUGCUGGUAGUUGA